AGCGGUUCGCUCCUGUCAACGCUGAACUGCAACCGACAGACAGACAGACAUGUAUAAUGACAGUAGAGUCUUUCACGUCAUAAAAAACCAGCAACAACCGUUUAAGAUCAGCUGCGCUGACUUCACUGCACAUAUGUGCAUAUGCUUGUAGCAACCUGCUAUUUAUUCUGUUAACGCACCUCCUUCGCAACAGCAACUGAACUCACACAAAAAGCCCAUGUCGGACCCGGAGGUGGACGCGUACAACACAGCGCGGUGCCUCUUCGUUCAGCUCCGGCAGGCCCAAGAAGCCGGGAACCGCCACAUUAAGGGUCCGCCCGCCACGACGAAUGCAUCACCCCAUCAAGAAUCCUACUCACGGCUUCCCACUUCGAUCAUUACUGCUGUUGCUGCCGGCUCCCCGAACCCUCUCUCCGAUCGCGCCGUCCCUUCACAACACCCAAACGCCGCGGGACGAUCUUCGCCUUGUCACGCGAACACGGCUGGCGGUAGCACCGUUCCUUCCGCGCCGCAGCGAACAUGUUCGAGCACAGGAGAGGAGAUGGGACUCCUGCCAACGCCGCCGUCGUCGCUUCACGCUUCAGAGUCUAGCAAGAAGCGCUGGUGGCGUCGGGGACGUUCCGACGUGCCCCCCCGUCCUUCAUCGCGCACCUCUUCCGCCUCUGCACAUAGGAGCAACAACUCGCCGCGUGAGGAGAGAGGAGAAGAUGCGGCUUCGAUCGGCCGUUCACAGGACACCGCGGCGCGUGAUGUGCAGCGGUGGAAGGACACCAUUCACGACACGCUGCGGCAGCAAAGCAGCGCCCUCGAGAAGCGGUUAAGCGUCUUGUUGAACACCCACGUUGUAGCAGCUUUAGCGGCAGCUGCACCUCCACCCGGGCUCCAUUCAGCCACGCGUUCUCUCACUGGUACAGCUGUACAACGCAGCGGAUCUUCACCUUUGCCUCCCAUUUCGUCAGCGUCACCAUCGCCAUCCAUCGUGAGGGAGAGUAAGAAGGACGGGCAACAGGAGAAUUGCGCAGAGGCGGUAACUGUGAUGAAUGUGGAAACAAAAAGAGAUCAUCGGCGUCAUUGCAUGCCAGCUGCGUUGUCGCCGUCGCCGUCGUUGUCGGCCGCCUUCUCGUUUGACUUGCCGGUGCCUCUUCGAGUGGUGGCAGCGGGGUAUGCGGCGACCAUCUUUCUGCAGACGCCAGCGCAAGAGAACGCAAACGCUGCGGGGGAGCAAGUGCACCACCGCAUCGAGGAUGCGCGGGUUGAUGCAGCGGUGACGGGUCAUACGAAAUCUUCCACGCUUUCAAACGCUGCCCCCGCCAAGAGACAACAGACGGGUAUGUUGACGGGCAAGACGCCGCAGAAAGCCCCACGGACGUUGCGCGAGCAGCUGCAGGAGUGGUCGGUGGCCGCCACCGCGAAAGGCACGACACCGCCAUCGUCUAUCACAGACAAGCGCCACGCAGUCCUCGCCGACGCCCGCGUUGCUUCGCUGCUUUCACAGCUCUACUGCGUGCAACACGCGUCCGUGUCCGCCGACAUCACGACCGCAAGUCCAGCGACGGCGAUCGCAGCGAACAGUCCUUUGCUCCCCAAUCUGCCGGCGCCUCUUGCGGCAAGGGAUGACGGCCACGCUGGAGUGGGCGAAGCCGAUGCGCCAAUGCAGUGCACUGUCUGGGAGUACGUGUCACGGAGCGCACCCUCCAUCCCCCACGCCGCCUUUUCCGCUGAGCAAAAGGCUCUGCGGCCGCCGGACAGGCAGGAGGGAAGCAACUUCACUGGGCCAAAGACGUCACACACGACCGUCGCGAUGCUGAAAGCGGCGUGGCAAUGUCACCGCCACAGCCGUCGCAAUGACGAUGACGGGCGCGGGAAGGCAUCACACACGCGUACCCACGGCUCUCAAGACGCCGUCAACGGCGUGGAUGUUCCGCCGGCUCCGUGUUGCCCCUCGUCCGUGUUCUAUGGAGGACGUCUCCGCACUGCGGAUCCGCUUUGCGGGAUGUCGGACGGAGAGUGGGACGUCCUUCAGGCAAGCGUCAGAGCUACUCAGCAGCUUCGUGCGCGCGUGUCCAAAGCCGUUCCACCCAACGACGGUUCCUCGACCUCGCCACUUUGCGCGUUCAGUCCUUUCUGUAAGCAAUUCAGAGGAGCCGCACUUGCACGGGAACACAUUGUGGUCAGUUACUCCUUUCCUCCCUGUAAGUUGGACGCACUUCCCGCGGCGGCGACAUCUGCGGAGCCGUCGUGGCCGGCGCUGCGCCUUCACACUUCGUGGGUUGUGUGCGUGGAGGUGGAUGCGGUGCACGCGGCGUGGCUGCGACGGGCGCUGCUGGACGCCGCAACGACCUCGUUGUCACCUACCACGCACGGUGCUGCGUCGAGUUUGGAAGGCGUGAGGACCGAGGUUGUGGCUUCACUUCACCUACUGGACAGGGUGUCAUGGUAG